CCGAAUCCCUUCCGCUCCCUUCCGUUACUCGAGUCUCCUUCGACUCAAUCUAUCGCAUUUUGCUUAUGGUGCCUCUCAGCUUCUCGUAACUUCUAUUGAAUGGCUUCACAUAGCUCGCAAAUACCUCGUCGGAAACGCCCUUCGGCUCUAGAUGUCGCAUUUGGUGAUGAGAUUCAAGAUACGCCCAAUACACAACCAAUAGCAACCUCAUCGUCUCAAGCUCUGCGGAAGCCACCUAAGCGAAAAUUGAAAGAUAAUGAGCAUCCAAAUUAUUCGAAGAAGGUCAAAUUACCUCCCGCCUGCUACUUCCGGCUGCCUUCGGAUGUUGAUUUCCUUCAUGAGUCGGCGUCGAUGAGGAUCGCCGGUGAGGACGACGACCAACCCGAUGACGCGCCAAAAAGAAUUCGCAACCUGUGGAAAUUCACAAUUUUCGACCCAUUGCAUAAGAACCAACUGAUUAGUCUUUCGUCGCUGGAACAGCCCGAUGGUCGCGAUAGCAAAUUCGAAGCAUAUGGAAACGUCACCGCUUUUGUUGAGAGUGAGGAAGACGAAGGCCAGGAAGCGGAUCUGUCGAGUCCUGAUACGGUUCAAUUUGUUCACCUUAGUUCUAUACUAAGUGUAGCGUUGGAUUACACUAAAGGGCACAGUCCAUUAUAUAUCGAAACUCAACAUUCAUGGUACAUUUUACAAAUGCCAUCUUUUCAAUACAGAGAUUUCUUGCACGAAUUCUACCUCCCUCAUCGCUUAGCCCAGAUGUUAAUUAGUUCUGCACUUGCCAAUCGGAACCUAACUCAUCGACAAUUUAUUGACGAUUACUUAUCCAAAGCUCCUGUGCUUUUGGAUCACGAUGUUACUGAGAUUGAUCUGAAAUCAGCAGUCUCUCUCAUCCGCGACGUGGUUAAAGAUGUUAUUAUUGAACACCCAAACAUCCAGCGAGUACCCGCGAUCAAGUUCUACCUCAUUCCGCAGACGGGCUCUGAUACACCGGAACGUUUGAGGAGGGGGCUAACAGCCAAAGGCCCAGGCGAACGCAGAGUCAACAUUGAUAUUACCGUGCUCAAACCUGAAAAUCAAACACCAACCACUGUUACCCCUCUCAUCAACACCUUGGCCCAAAAAUACUUUCGUGAAAAUCUUCGAGUUGUGGCACCGCGUCCGCCGAGGGACCUUGAGAAAAUACGCGAAAGACAAAGUGCACGUGAACGUGUGCAUCAAGAAUUGUUGCGUCUCAUCCGCUACUGCUACGACCGAGGGAAAUGUAAAUGGAAAUAUCAAAAAGUGGAUUCCAUUCGAAACGGUUCUAAAUACUUAAGAGCAAUCACUGUCGACGACGUUCUAUAUAAGAUUGGCGAUACAAUCAUCGUGCCUAUCGGUGAUGAUCCCGCUAAUCCCAAGGCUAAUCCCAAGCUUAAGGGGCGAGACAAGGACAUGAAAGAGGAGAAGUUUUCAUUGCCUUUACCGAAUGAAGACAUCUCAAUGAAUAAAUCAUUUGAAGACUUCUUUUGGUUUGCACGAAUUAUUAACAUUGACCUUGACCUAAGGGUGGUUCAUGUGCAAUGGUAUAACCACGGGAAUGCAACAGCAAUGGGGGAACUCUCGCAUCCUCAAGAAUUAUUCCUUCAAGCAUUGUGUGGUCCAGUUGCACUUGAAUCCAUUGUAGCAAAGAUGAGGGUGCACCAGCUGCAGGCUGAUAUUAAGGGUCGAUUUCCCGACACCAAGGAUAUCCCGUACGGUGAAUAUUUCUGCAAAUCAGAAUAUGACCCACAAAUGGCCUCCUUCACAGCCAUUAGAAGUGAGUUUCUGUUGUCCGAAAUCAAAAGCGAUAACUGCGCUGUUUGUCACAUUUCGCAAAUGGAGAAGGAAUUGCAAUAUCCGACGCGAAUUCGACAGGAGGAAGCUAUCACUUUCCGGGGACGGGACUUCCAUAUUUUAGAUUACGUGCUUUAUCGGUCGUUUGAGGAUGGCCCUGGAAAUAUUGGGCAGGUCACCUCUUUUGUUUUUCCGCAGCGAGAAACAUCUUGGGAUCCAAUUGAGGUUGUUGUAAGGAAGCUUGGACGGAUAUCAUCUCUAAAGAGGGUUAUACCUGAUAAUGAGAUGGUAGAUGAGAGAGAAUUAUUCUAUACAGAAGAUCAACCUGGUAAUUAUGAUUGGAUCCAUGCUACCUCCCUUAUCCAAGUCUGCCACGUCUUGGCUGCUGAACUCCGCUCGGAGCAAAUUGAGAAUUGGAUCAUGCACGGUCCAGAGCACUUUUACGUUCGCUACUGUUUCCCGUCUCUCGAUGUCCAAUCCUGGGCGUCCAAGAAACCCAUCAGACGAAGACAGAUUACGAUAUGCGAAAAGUGUCAUCAAAAGCGUCUGAAGGAGGUCGAGUCUUUGAACGAGUUCCUCACCUACCAGCAAAAACACCCACUUCGUGCUCUCGAUGUUUUUGGUGGGAGUGGUGCUUUUGGUACUGCGUUGGCGAACGGAAGCUCAUGCUUCGACGUCACUCAUGCAAUUGAGAUUGCGCCUUCUGCAGCUCAAACAUAUCGAAAGAACUCUCCCCAGACAGCAGUCCAUAAUGUAUGCGUUAAUGAGGCUGUGCAGUACAUUGUUAAGAAGAAUCGCGGUGUCGAAACCGACGACGACAUUCCUAUCGAUCGCACAACUGGAGAGCGCCAGAUAUUCUCUCUCAAGCCGGGAGAUACAGACGUCCUGGUAGCUGGUUUUCCCUGUCAACCGCAUUCCUCUCAGAACAUCUACAAGAAUGCAAAUGACAUCAAGACAAAUCUCAUCCUUCCGUUACUCAGUCUCGUCGAUGUUUUGAGACAAAGAAUUGUAGUUCUUGAGAACGUCGCUGGGUUCUUAUAUUGUAAUCUAAUGGGUACGCAAAAGGGGCGACACCGUGUUGAAGGUGGAAUCAAACAAGGCGCGCUCAAACUGGUUAUUCGGGCUUUAAUUGAGAUGGGCUAUCAGGUCCGAUUCUCUCUUCUUCAGGCUGCCCAUUACGGCGUUCCUCAAGGUCGUGUUCGUUUUUUCUUGAUUGCAACACUUCCAGGCACACCACUUCCAGAACUCCCUCAACCUACCCACUACUUUCCUCUAGAAGGGGUAGCGCCGCAUUUGCGAAUUACCUUAACAAAUGACAGAACGAUCGAACCUUUACAAACGGAUCGGGGGAUCACACUGUUCCCUCUAGUCACAGUCGCAGAUGCUAUCGGAGAUCUUCGUCGGUUUGACUGGGAACACCCUGCUCCACGGAAUUGGACUAUCGAGCAACGGCGGGAAGCAGAACGGCGCAAGGAAAUUAUCCCCACUGUCCCAUGUAGAGUACAUCUUCCUUGGUGGGGCUUGCCCGAAGGGCAAUCUCCGUAUCAACACCCUGUGCGUUCAAGAUUCCAAAUUGAAGCACGGAUACAACCACCGCCUCCAGAUAUCCAACAUUACACGCGGAAAUUACCUCCCAAAACGGUUGAAAGAGUUGUGAAUAUCAACCUCGAACCUGGUUCCGAUUUCCGAGGAUUGCCUGCGCAUCUCUCUGAAUUCCAAUUUUGGAAUCCUUCCUCGUUCGUCGCUAAAAAUCGGGGGAUAAAAAGCCUCUAUAAGCGUUUGGAUCCUAACCGCUAUUUUAUGACCACGAUUACGAAUAUCAGUCCUACAGCGAAACAGUCUGCGGUCAUACAUCCAUUCUGUCGUCGUCUUCUCACAGUUCGUGAGCUUGCUCGCUCACAAGGAUUCCCAGAUCACUUCUUUUUCUAUGCCAUUGACGACAAUAUAAUCACGAUGCAUCGUUGCAUUGGCAAUGCGGUUCCUUGGCAGUUGUCCCUCGCAAUAGGACAGGAGAUUAAAAAAGCGUUACAUGAUAAAUGGAAAAGGCGAGAGCAGAUUGUGAUUGACUAGGCAGGGAGAAUACUACAGAUGUAUUCGUAAUUUUGUUAUGCGAUUUUGACGAUGACCUUCUCUCCGCUAACCUUAUUAUUUCGGAGCAAAUCCAGACCCACGUCAACACGAUCCUUGAGGGAGCCAUAGGAUUCGUCCAAGAGGCGGAUUUUUGUGGGCUGGAUGAUUUUUUUCUCAAGGAGAGUGGGCAGAAUUUUUGUCAUUAAAUUAUCCUUCAAGUAUGGAACCUGAAUUUGAUGUUUGUGAGGUUUCCG